UGUCUGGCCGUAGGGUGGAAAGACAACAAAUGCCGCUUGAUGUGUUAAGUAUUAUGUGUGUAUUGUGUUAAGUUACUAUUAGUGUCUGCGAUACAUUUACUGAUAGUUAUCCUGUGCGCAGGGUGAAUGAGCUCCUGGAACAGUAAAGGUGUUUCUACCGGGAGGGAGGGAUCAUAAGUCACUGGUCAUUGUAAUUAUGCCACAAAUUACAAUGGCAGCUGACGCUAACGCCAUUGCUUCGACAUACUUUUUGACCCCUAGUACAUCUUGAUAACAAGUGGCCCUAUAGAUAUCGAUAAUAUUAAUCAAAAAUGAAAGCAUAAUAAGUUACUUCAUUAAACAAAGAGCACCUUCGCUGUCAUUUCAACGGAAACAAUGGUGAAAUACGUGUACGACUUUAAAAAGUUUAUGAUACUAAGAAUUAUAUUAGGCUGGUACAAUGACUACUUCAUAGCUGGAUUAAUGCUAAAAAUAUAUUGUGGAAUUUCUCUAUUGGUUCAGCUUGUCUUUUUUAUACAUUUAAUAAUUCAAAAUAAAUUGUCCUAUAAUAUUAACAUUAUAUUGAAGAUUUGUGGUGUAUUGUUGGGGACUAUACCAAGUUUUAUCCUCUCUAUCUUGACAGGCGAUCGCUAUCUAUUUCUAUAUUGUAGGUGGGAUGAAAUAAUAGACUCUCAUAAACAAGCCAAGCGUAUUUUCCGAAUCCACCAGCUCAUGUUUGAUUCAGUACAUUUCUUUGUUAUUAUUUUUUACAUAAUAUUCUAUAUUUGGUGGUAUUUGUGCUGUACAGAAUUUAGCUUGGUGGCUUAUAUUUCUGGAAUUAUACUUAGAUUUACAAUAGAAAUAGAAAAGAUACCAUUGUUUUUGAUUUUCUCCGUGUUGCUCUGUCGCGUAAAGUUGUUUCAGCGGAAUAUUUGUUUGGAUCUAAAAUUUGGAAGCGAUUUUCCAUUGGAUCGCCAUCGUCAAGUUUAUUUGAAAAUUCUUGAUAAGUUUAAAAAAACUUCUGCGAGUAUAACAAUUUUGAUGCUGACCCAAACAUCUUUAUUCUUCUGGGAUUCUAUUAACACUAUGUAUCUGAUUUUACAUUACUAUCUUGCAGAAGGUCACAUUAUAACAUAUCAUUUAUUAUUAACGACUCGCUGUAUACAUGGAUAUGUUUGUGUUGUAUUUCCUGUCUUCAUUAUGGAAUAUAUAGCUAACUUAUUAGAAGACAUAAAAAUACAGAUGAUUGAACGGAAAUUGAGAUGCACAGAUGAAAAUCGUAAAGCGCAAAUAACGGAUAUGUUGAAUCUACUGAAGGAAGAGCCUAUUGGGUACCGGAUGCUUCGCGCUUUCCCAAUUAAUAAAACUUUUCCCUUAGAAAUAACUUCUUUAGGUAUUAACUAUUUAGUAUUCAUGCUUCAGUAUAUUCGAAAUUAACCAUAAAAUUCUCAGUAACACUAUACAUAAUUAGUAAAAUAAAAAAGGUGGAAAGGUAUUGUCACCCCUUUGUAUUUGCCGAUUAAGUGGCUGUUGUAAGCACAAUUUUAUAAUAAAGUGGUAACUUUUCCCCUUAUAGGUAUAUAAUUUACUUAUAGAUAUUACUCGCGUAGCGUACUCGUAGAUUCGAUCGCUUCAUGAUAUGGCCAAUUCAUUUGUGAAAAGCAAUCAUGUUGAUAAUGAUAUUUUAAUCAACUUUUGGCCAUUAUUUUAAUGUGGCAUCAGCUAUUUAGGACUUUAUUGUAAGGCACUGUUUCCUCGGAUAACCACCAUGCCUAUAUUGGCCAUCUUUUAUUUCGUCUACGGAUU